CCUCCCUUCUUGCGGCUUUGUCGGCCGCCGCCCCUGUGGCUCCACCAGCCGCACCUCAUCUGCUGCGAAGCGCGGGUGACAUCCUAAUAUGUACAUACAUACAAUACAUUAAAGUUGGGACUAGGAUCUUCCCAAUGCGACAAGUGUAACCUCUCAACACCACGUAAGCGCGCCAUGUGUCGAACCCUUUUCCCUUCUUCUCUUUUCUUCUUUGGCUUCAGACCUCUCUCGAGCCUUCUCGAAGCUCCCCGGACCUCUCCUGAGCCUUCUCGAAGCUCCCCGACCCUUUGCGGAUGCCAACCUCCUCUUCAACGACCCCGCGCGGAUGCUAGCCUCCUCCCCGCCCCGCUGUCCUCACUGCCACCUCCCACCGGUCUCCACCAUCGCCUUCCUCCCGGCCUUCCCCUCCGAUCUCCCUCAGGUGCUUUCCUUCCCACAGGUCGGAGCCAACCUUCUCCUUGCUCUCCUUGCUGCCAUCUCCCACCGGUCUGUGCCGUCACCUGCAUCCCCAUCAUCACCGGCAUCGGCCUUACACUUCGAUCUCCCUCAGCUUUCGAGGUACCAGAUCACAGGAAGGACAAGAGAAGGAAGGGUUCAAUCAAAUGGCUUCUCGGCUUCAACUUCCAAGUGAUGACUCUGUAGAUCUCGUCGUCACUCAUUCCAACAUCAAGAGCUUCUCCGCCCAAGUGCGCUUCUCCCUCCAGACGACGGUGGAGUCGGCCAAGGAGAAGCUUUGGAGAAAGUGCGGGACGUCUGUGGACUUGAUGCGCCUUGAGGUCUACGAUGAUGCCGGGUCCAAAGUGUGCGACCUGAACGACAAUCUGAGGCCACUUGGAUUCUAUUCCCCUCAAAAUGGGUACCGACUGCAUAUUAUAGAUCUAGACCCCUCAUCAGUAAGCUCUGGGGGCUGGUUGGAUGACACUUCGCUAGUGGAGAAAUAUAAAAUUUCUGAGGAAGCCUAUAAUAAACUUGAUCGCAAUUUUAGGAAAUUUAAAGAAAAAAUGAUAUCUCAAAAUCCACCAAGCGGUGAAAGCAAACUACCGGACAGUUACAUGGAGGACCUAUGUGCAAAUAUCAAGGUUGGAGAUAGAUGUGAAGUUGAACCUGGGGGAAAAAGGGGAGUCGUGAAGUUUGUUGGUCAAGCUGAGGCUUUAGGACCUGGCUUUUGGGUUGGAAUUCAAUAUGAUGAACCUCUUGGGAAACAUGAUGGCAUGGUGAAAGGUAUUCGCUAUUUUCAAUGCCUGCCACAACAUGGUGCCAUACUUAGGCCAGACAAAGUCAAGGUUGGAGACUAUCCUGAGAGGGACCCAUUUGAUGAAGAAGAGAUAUAAACAACCGCGGAGUUGUACAUACAGCAUCUUCAGAGUCCUGUUAAAACUGUGAUUCUCAUGUUGGCCCCUUAGAAACUCUUUGAUCAUCAUAACCUAUUUUCGUUGAGUUAUGUCCAAUCAUGCGUGGCAUUGUUGUUAUGAUGACAUACAUUCCUCUGUAACUGCAAAGCAUCGCAAAAUACCUAUUUGUUUUGAAACUGCUGUCGGACUGAUACCUUCACUUCUGGAAAGUUUAGUCAUUUUUUUGGAAGUACCGUAUGGAUGAUAGAUGAUGGAAGUAUGUGUAAGGAUGAUAUUAUGUUUCUGGAAAAUAAAUGGAUGUGAUGAUGAAA